CGCAAAACACAAAGCACAAAACAAACACAAAACACGAACGCUCACCCACCAACUUCACAAAUUCCUCUUCCUAUAAAUCCCCCUUCUAUCUCUCUCCCCCACUUCGUCCAAACUCUCUCUCUCUCUCUCUCUCCCUCUCUCUCCGAGCCAUGACUGCCCAAGUGCUCCCUGAGCAAGCGCUUCAGAGCAAUAUUCACCUCUUGGGAAGAGACAACUCCCCUUCACUCCAUAAAAGAUUGGAGGGCAAAGUGGCCAUUGUAACCGGCGGCGCAAAGGGAAUCGGAGAAGCCACCGUCAGGCUCUUCGCCAAACACGGAGCCAAAGUAGUCAUCGCCGAUGUGGAGGAUCUCCUCGGCCAGGCUUUGGCCGACACGCUUUCUCCAUCCCCAGUGUCCUUCGUCCACUGUGACGUCAGCUCCGAAGAAGACGUCGAGAAUCUCAUCAGCUCCACGGUGUGUCGUCACGGCCAAGUCGACAUAAUAUUCAACAACGCCGGAGUUUUGGGGAACCAAUCAAAGACUCACAAAAGCAUCGUUGACUUUGACCCCAACGAGUUCGAGCGCGUUAUGCGUGUGAACGUCAAAGGCGUUGCCUUGGGGAUUAAGCACGCGGCGCGCGUGAUGAUACCGAGAGCCACCGGAUGCAUAAUCUCGACUGCCAGCGUGGCAGGCGUAUUGGGCGGCCUCGGCCCACACGCUUACACUGCGUCCAAGCACGCCAUUGUCGGACUCACCAAGAACACCGCCUGCGAGCUCGGGCGCUACGGCAUACGUGUCAACUGCAUUUCGCCGUUCGGGGUUGCCACGUCGAUGCUGGUGAACGCGUGGAGGGCUGAUGGGGACGAAGAAGACGAAUGCAUGAACUUGGGGAUUCCGUCGGUAGCUGAGGUGGACAAAAUGGAGGAGUUCGUUAGGGGUUUGUCCAAUCUGAAGGGCCCCACAUUGAGGCCGAAGGAUAUAGCGGAGGCCGCGCUUUAUCUCGCAAGUGAUGAAUCUAAGUACAUCAGUGGCCAUAAUCUCGUCGUUGACGGUGGAAUUACCACUUCAAGAAAUUGUAUUGGCUUGUAAUCUUUUCUUCUUUUUCUUUUUCUUUUUCUUUUUCUUUUCUUUUUCUUUCAUUAUUAUUAUUAUUAUUAUUAUUUUUUUUUUUUUGCGGGUAUUGGUGGAAAGAAAAAGAUGGACACCGAUAUGCCUGUUGGUUGUACUAUUAUGUAGUAGGACUAGGAUUAAUUUAAUUUUAGUUUUAAUUUUUUCAA